AUGAAGGUUUCCGUGAGUAUAUUUACGGUGACCGAUAAUUAUUCUUAUGGUGAAACAUUACGACGUUAGUUUAUUAUGUUUUUUUCCCUUACCACCACUUCUUAAUAGGUAAUUAUUAUCUAUUGCAAGCAUCGUGCCGUGAUAUUAUCGAAUUUCAACGUCCGCCGCGGCGGCGUCAAGAAACCGGAUAUUAUUUUUUUUUCCGACAAAAUAUUAUGUUCAGCAUUUUUUUCCACUGUCAUUGUUAUUAUUAUUUUUUAUCGUCAUUUUCGCGCCGCGUACACGCAAACAACGGCGAUUUGUCGACAAAUUCACAAUAUCGGUAAAAAUCCAAACAGCGCGGUAGUUCAGUAGCACAAACACCGCACAACGGCCGCCACCGAACGUUACCGCAGGUUAUUAACAAUAGUUUUUUCGAUUAGCUAGCAUACGUGCGCGGAACGAGGAAACAAAAAAAAAAAAAAAUAAAAAAAUACCGUUUAAUUCCGAAGGUCGGGUUAUAUAAUUGAAAAUAAACACAAACGUACAGUGAUAAUACGCAAUUCUGCGAAAUAUUUGUUUUUGUCGUUUUGAUACUUCGUCUUCUACUUCGAUCGAUGUCGGCGAAUCAUUCAAAUCUGAAAAACCGUUCGUCUCUAUAUCGUGUCCAGUUUUCGUACAACUCGCACGUUACAAUACGAUUACAAAAUUGUGUGAAAUUAAUCGAUUGUACAAUAGGCAAUAUAGUGCAGGGUACACUAUUAAUAUCGACUUCAUUUACGCGACAGACAAAAAUAAAUUCCUGAAUUUUACGAUUUUAUAUUAUAUGUUUGUGCGCGGCCGUUUCAUGGGUUUAAAUAUUUAAUAAUACGAUAAACACCUAUGCGCAUUUCUCUGUUAUCCCGUAAGUAUGUGUUAUUAUUACGUUUUUCAUAACCGAGACAUACAGAUUUCAGAUGAGAAAAAACCCACUUACUUUUUAAAACACGUCAUUUGCGUUAUUUGCGAGCGUUUUGAAAACGCGGGCUCGUUCCGGAUAAAAACGUAUUGUAAUCGUGCGAAUCCCACAUGCUGCGCGUCAAUAUAUUAUUACGAUAAACCCGGUUCCUAUGGUUCGAAAUACGGAUAAAUACGAGUUACAUAACCGUGGGCGUAACUCGGACAAUUUGUAUGAGAGAGCAAAGUUUACCUCAAGUCAGGGUGCCUAAAGUAUACCUUUAACCUUUAAAUAGUUUGAUUAUAUUAAUAAAAAUAUUAAAAAGCUGUCCUGGGAUAAUGGGGACGGGUGCAGCACACAGGAGGGAAUUCAAUGUAUUUCUGUAGGCACAGAUAAACCGUUGCUAACGAAAAAACAAUCCCGAGCGGAGUUCAGUUAAUAGUGAUGCUUUGUCAACAAUAUAUAAAUAAAUAUUAUAAUUAUAUAAAUAUAUAUAUAAUAAAAUAUAAUUAUAUAUAUAAUUAAAUAUAGACAUUAUAAAUUUUCUUUAAUAAUAUUUGUUUAAUAUUGUACCGUUUUUCCUGUGUUCUCAUGUUUUUUUCUAGGUUUUUCACAUUUGCUUGGAAAAAUCUCGGGAAAAUCGAAAAAUGGCAUUAUUUUUUCUACGUUUUUCCUUGGUUUUCACAUUUGCUGGGAAAAAUCUUGGGAUAAUCGAAAAAUGACUUCCCUAAAGUACCUUCUCAAUGAGAUUUCCUUUUAGAAAAAGUGCUACCAUUGUAAAUCGUAGCGAAAUUGCUGGUAGAACUUGUCCACAGAAAAGAAAAUCGUAUUAUGUUACAAAUAUAUUUCGUACAUUUUCUCGCUUUUUCUUCGUUUCCUUUUGGUUUUUCACAUUUGAUGAGAAAACUCCUGAGAAAAUCGAAAAUUGACCUUCUUAAAGUACCAUCCCAAGAAAAUUUCCUUUCAGUAAAGUGUCUACAUCGUAUUCAUUGGUGUAAGAUUUCUGGUAGAAAAAAUGUUAACAUAAAAAAAAAAAAAAAAAUAAUAAUUAAACAUCUUUCUAAAACCAAUACAUUCUUCGUUACAUUCAGAAUCUAAAAUGUAUACUGGUCAACUAGUCAAUUAUUAAAAUCAAAAUUCAAUAUUAAUGUAAAUUUAAGUCUUCUUUCUCUUUAUGUUGAGUCCGUAUUAAACUAAUUGACAAUUGUGUUGAAAUUAAUUUUACAAGUUUUUUCAAUACGUGAAAUGGCCAAUAUUGUAUAAACUUCGAAUUCGGUUCAGCUCAUAGAGUUACUCUAUGGGUUCAUCGUAAAGUACGACCGUAUUAUCAUCGAACAGUAUAGAAGCGACAUCCGAUCGGGUAGUUACCUAGUUACGAAAAACGUUUCCGGCCGGUUGGUGUAUUUGUUACCAUCGUUGGCGUGUAGCAAUGCCCGAUACAUUCUGUGUUAUUUCAGAGCACGCUUAUCGGGUUUCAGUGUAUUUCGAUUUUCGUCGGACCGCGGCGAGAUCUCUUGCCGUAGGUAACUGUGGACACGUCAAAGAGGACACUGCCCCGUUUAAUUUGAACAGACGGACGUUUAGCUCUUCUCGCUCCCUAGUUAAUGCUUAUGCAGAAAAUAAUCUGUUUGCAACAGCAGUUUGAUACCGAUGUGUAUUUAUAAAAUGGCGAAAAACGAAAAUCGUUUGUUGGGUUAGAAAAAAAAAAAAAAAAAAUUUAAUAGACGCGAUAAUUGCAAAUCCGGCUUUCUCGAUUGUAUAUUUUACGUGUCGUCGCGCUUAAGCCCGGAUUGAGAAAUGCCGAGGUCCCGGGGUAAAACUUUUCAACGAGGUUCUUAAAAGAACAAAAAAAAAAUAAAAAUAUAGUGAAGGAUAGUUGCCCCGUAACAUUACGUUUUAAUAAUGCAUAACGCACCGAUAUAGGAAAAAGUUUCGCUAAAGACGGCCAAGCGCUACCAAGUUGUUAAAAACGUUGAAAUACCGAAACGGUACAAAGUUUACCGACUAAACGCGUAUAGAUACCGCGACGGACAUGAACCUAUUGUACUGUGACGAAAACCGAAGCUCCCGGAGUCUCGUGAGCCGGACGGACGGUCGGGUGGGGCGGGUGGCGGAGGGGGGCGAGGAGGGGCGAGGAGCCCUGUUAAUCCGGACGCGAUUGUGCGGACCGGGAUUUAUAAUCAAUCCGGGUUUCCGCAAUCGAAAAUCCGUCCGCGCGUCGUACCGGCCCGCUCGGCGCGCGGGUUUCGCGUCCGUUCCGCGUACUGUUUUUUUAUUAUUGCCGUCGUUGUUAUUAUCGUUGUCGUUUCCGGUCAAAGGUUCGUUAUCGUCAUGCCGCGUACCGGCUUUUGUGCCCGCGGGGACAACGGCGUUUUACCAUUGUCCCGCCGCGGCGCCGAAACGUCCGGCCAAACGCGUUUAAUCGGUCCGGGGACCACGUGUGUCGCGUAACGCAUCGGGCCGCGAAAAACGCAAUAACGCGACGGUAACAGCGGCCCGCGUACCGGUACGAUUUGAGAUUUUUCGCAAAUAAAAUUCGACCGACGCUCUCGUCCCGCCGUCGGCGUGCAGGCGCGUCGUCGUAAAUCACGUCCGCGUACCUGUACGGUAGGACCCCGGCGCUAUUGUUUCACGCGCGCGUGCCAAUCAAACAACCGCCGCCGUCGUAUUAUUAAUGGCGAACGAAAAUACGAAAAUAAUAUUGUUUCGGGUUGAAGUGGGGGGGGGGGCGUAGGGUGCGGUCGAGGGACCGACGGUUGUCGAUAAACAAUAUGCCGGUAGAGCCUUUGCGCGGGGCCGAAACGGUAUCCGCGCAAGAUUCGACGAUAAAUCAAAACGCAACGCCAGCGACAAACAAUAAUAAUAUUUAAUAACAUUGUAAUUGCUAUAUAACUAUCGAGAAACAAUAUCGGACGCACACAAUAAUACUGGGCGGCCUUCAAACCUGCUGUGCGAGUUUUUUUUAUUUCCAAGCCUCGCGUCCGCACGCCGUUAUAGUUACUAUCGAGAUAGUUGCAGGUGUUGCGACCGUCACGGUAGUCACUAUUAUCAGGCGUCGGACGAUGGUAUCUCCGAUGUAAAUAUCUUUAAUGCGUUUCUUAGAUACAAUAAUUGUGUUCCGUAUCGCGAUAGGGUUCUGGAAAGUAUCGAGCACUUCCUGUUGCGAAACUGAAAUAAAUAUCCGUAUUUAGUCUAGAGUAUCGAAAUACUCUUAUCUCGAUUAAGUGUCUUGCGAAUAGGCACUCGAAGAGGAGUAAGCUGGGUCAUUUUCUCUCUUGUUUUUCCGAAAAAUAUAUUUUCUUCAAGUUGAAAGCGAUUGUACUGAAAUGGGGGUAAUUGUUGAGAAUUUCGAAAAAAAUGUUUCACACUAACAUCCGCCGCGUUUUUUAACAUACACCACUCUUUUAAAAUUUAGUUCAUUUUUUAAUUUUAACGUAUCCAGUAUCUACCUAGUAAUUCAAUACAUAAAACGAAAUUAUCGAGUAUCUCGUAUUGCAAUACGUCUUGUUACAUUAUAAAAGUAUCUGGUAUAUUGUUUAUACAUACUGAAACUUUUAAGAUCUCUUUCCAUAACGUCAAUCCAUCAUAUCUUAGCUGGUCCUCACCUGACUAUGGUCAAGAUUGUUCAGAAUCGUUUUUAGUUUGCACUGACUUGCUGUUGCAUGCAAGUAUAUAAUAAAUAAUAAAUUUAUAACUAAAUCAGUAAGUAGAUAUGUACCUUCUUAACUUCCUACCUACUACAACGGUAGCAAACCCGUAGCAGUAUUUAUAUAUUAAAUAUAGCAAAAAAAAAAAGGGCGGGGGGCAUUAAAUUGUAUUUAUGGCAAAAAUUAUUCAAUUGAGAAUUGGGCGGUUUAGAAUUAUAAUUUUACUUUUGUCCGUUGUAAGACAAGCCUGUCCUUGGUGCGUUAAUUCCGCCAAAUUGUGCAGGUCUCUAUUAAAACUGUUUCGCAAACAACCAAUACAAUCGAUUUCGAUUAGUAUUAUUAUUAUACAUUUAUAAACAUACAGUUAAAAUACUUUAACUAUAUAACAAAUCGAAAAUGUUUGAGUUGAAGGUGUUGAGUUCAUAAAAUAGAUACAUAAACAAUUUCGAUAAAUACAUAGUUAAUACUAAAAUAAUAUUAUAUCAUAAACACGUUAUGAUUCGAUAAGUUCAUACUAAAUUUAUCUUCCUCAUUAUAGAAUAUGCAAAAUGCUUAUAGUUAUUGAACUGACUAAUAUUUAUUUCCGUUUGCCUGCAUAGUGAAAUUGCACGAUUUAACUUUAUCAUCUUUAAUAUCCAAAUUGUUUGUUUGCAUUUAGGAUAAAUCGUAUUUAUAUUAUUCCUAUAUCUGGUAUUAUAAUUACGGUUACAAGAUGGUAAAUACAUUUUAUGAUUAAAACUUAAUAGAAAAGUACAUUUAGUUUGGAGUUUAUCAAAGUCUAAGACUUUUAAUUCAUUAUAAAUAAAUUUAGUGCAAGUAAGAACAGGAACUUUUAAAAUAAAUUUCACAAUUUUAUUUGUAGCCGAUUUUUAUUUGUUCAAAUGGAUAUCAUAGGCACCCUCCUUCAUAUCUCAAUACCAAAUACAAUUAAUGAUCGAACUAAGGAAAUAUAAAUAAUUCUGAGUUGAUGAUUAUCGAGAAUAUGUUUUAAAUUUUUAAAAACAUAAAUGAAUUUACGACUUAAAUUCAUAAUAUAAUCAAUAUGUAUGUUCCAUUUUAAUUGGGAAUUAAUAUAUAUAUUCCUAGAUAUUUGAUGGAAUAAACUCUUUCAAUAUAAUCACAAGAACAACUAGCCGAAAUAUUAUUAAGACGAGCAGUAUUUUGGACGCUUAAUUUCCAAUUUUAUGUCACGAUUUAUAUUUUAAAUAUUAAAGAUAAUAUGCUAAAUUUUAAUUAAGUUAAGCUCUAAAUAAUUAUUAUUGAACCAUGUUUUUACAAUUUUAAAAAUUUUAUUAGCUUUAUAACGUUUAAAUACUUUUUUCUUGAAUGAGAACAACAGUAUCAUCUGCAAAACAAAUUAUUUUUCAAUCGAAAUUAAUAUUUAGCAAACCAUUUACGUGUAUAAUAAAAAAGAUCAUAGGUUCUAGAACGGUCCCUUGUGGAAAACCAUGGUUUAUUUUUAAAGGGGAACUAAAUGUGUCAUUAAUUUUGACAAUUUGUAACCUAUCAGUGAGGUAAAAUCUAAUUAAAUCAUUUUUUUCCCCACAUAUUACUGCAAAAUUUAAUUUUUAAAGAAGUAAUUUAUAAUUAAUAGGCUUUUUCUCAGAAAAAAAAAAGAGUUGGAGUUAAGGAAAUUCAUUAUUCUAGUUUCCAUUAAUUUUUUAAAAAAUUUUAGAUAUACUGAGAUAGGCUUAUAAUUACUGUAAUCUAAUUUGUCUCCUGAUUUAAAUAGGGGGAUAAGAAUACAUUUCUUAAAACAUGAUGGGUAUAUUCCACUACUCAAAGAAAAAUUAAAUAACAACAUUAAUGGGAGAGAAAUAUGUACUGCUACUUUAAGGAUGUAAUUAGUGAUACCCUUUUCAUAAUAAGAAGAUAAUCUUUAAUUUUACCAAUAUGAUUUCCUUUUGGGUAAUAUGAGUUAAAAACAUAGAAUUAUUUACAUGACAAUUAUUACUUUUAUUUUUCUAAUCCUCAAGAUCAUAGCCCUUUUUCAUUGUAUUAUUCUCAAUGUUUUUGCCCACGUUUGCAAAGAAAGUAUUAAACUGAUGUGCAUUAUUGGUAUUAUCGUUAAUGAUUAUGUUAUUUUGCCUAAUACUAUUUAUUUCCGCUUUAAACGAAUUUGUUCUACCUACUAUAUGGUUUAUUGUUUUCCGCAUUUUUUUUUCAGGAUUACGUUGGAAAUUGUGUAGAAGAUCUUAAUAACAUAUUUUUUUCCUAAUUUUGAUUAAGGUAUUUACGGUGUUUGAAUAUUUUUUAUAUUUAUGCUUUAGAUUAGUAUCAAAUGGAUAUUUAUAUAGUUGCUUGGAUAAUUUAUGAUUAUGUUUUGUAGAAAUAACUAGUCUCUUAGUAAUCCAGUCUUUAAUUUUUUAUAUUUAUUAGAUAUUUUAUUUACUUGAUUAAAAGAAGACUUAUUAAUAAAUUCUUCCAUUUUAUCCAAGAAAUGUUGAAAAGAUUUGUCAAUAAUAUCAUUCCAAUUUUGUACACUGAUAAACGUGUUUAGUUGCUGUAUAUUAAUUAUAUUUAUUGCUUUAUAAUGUAAAAUGUUACAUUAUGAUCUUAUGCCAUUAUUUGUUAUUAUUCACAGAGAUUUUAAAGAGUAUUAAUGUCCCAAAAUGGUCCGUGAUUUUACAUUUUGGAAUAAAUGCUUGAAUAUUAUCACUAGAGAUAUUUUUGGUAAAAAUAUGAUCUAUACAUGAGUUGGUGUAAUUGGCAAUACGAGUGUAUUUAUCUAUAAAAGAAAUAAAAUUAUGUUUAGUCAUAGUAUUAAAAUAAUCAAGACUUAUUGGAAUCGAUAAUUUUAAUAUUGAUAUCAUUUGUUAAAACGUAACAGACAUUGGAAAUUAUUUAGUCGUUGUAGGUAAUCAUUUAAAUCGAUAAGGAAAUUAUUUAAUACGGUUUACUCUUUUUAUCUUGUUUGUAAUUGCAUUAUCUCUUCUUAAGUGUUACAUAUUUUCAUGAAAAUUCGGUAUUUAGUAAUGAUGAUUUAUGCUAUUUAUAUUUAAUUAAUCCCAUAUACCGCGUUUAUUUGUGAAAGACACAACCGUGGUAGCCGUGGUACACACACAUAUCCCGAUGAUUAUAAUAAUCUAACGUAAUUUGUAUUGUUAUGAGUAUACCCACUCAAUCAAAUUCAAACAUCGAUUUACUCAUAAUAACUAUACUAAUUGAACAGAAUAAUUUAUUAUUAGACGAUAAUUUUUAUUUUUUUAAAUUUAACAAUGCUGUUUAUGAUGCUGCGUUUAUAUAUUAUGUAACUACAUACUGAUAAUUAUAAAAUCCGUUUUCUUAAUUGUUUGAGGAUAAAUAUUAUACAAAUAUUAUAUCGUUGUUUUUAUUUGUAUUCCUAUAAAAUCUAAUAUUCUCGUAACGAUGACUUAUGAUUUCGGAAUCUACCUCUAGAGUAUCUCUAUAAAUAUCGAAUAAAAAGUAUCAUCCAUCUCUAUAGUAAUUUAUAAGAUUAAUUAAUUUAUUGACUAACUAUAAUUCUGUGUUACAUCUUGUUUUUAAAUUUAAUAACCUCCAAUCUUAAGCUUAAGCACCAAAUUGGUUAUAUUUUAUCAUAUUCAUGUGCACUAUACAGCAUAAGGCAUUUAAAUCAUUAGGCUUUAUUAUUAGAAUGGCUAAUGAAUUAAAUGUGAGUGCGUCUGCAGUUUAGAUAUUUUUUUGUACUAUUGUCUGUCUCAUUCUUGAAUAUAAUUGUAUUGUUUGAGAUCCACACACUGCUAUAGUUACACAUUAGCGUUGAACACGUUCAACACUCAUGAGUAUUAGAUUUAUCGAAGGUCUGUUAAACGGCAAAGUUGAAUUUACUGAGCUCGUUUCGCGAAUAUGCUAUAAGAUAACUUAGUGGUUCGCCAGAUCUACUGCCCCUUUUUAUAAACCUUAUACCACCAUCUAUAUUUAACUAAUGAACCACUUAGGAGAUUAACGAUAAACGCCAAUAUGUACUCUUAUUAUUUAGUUUAAUAUUAUUUUUUCUUUAGCUGCGUUAUUUAAUCAAUCAUGUAGGUACUUAAUUUUACCGUUGUAAUUACUUUUAAUACACAUUAUGUAAACCGGAACGUUGCAUAAAUUAAUAAUAACCCGAUGUAUUUUCUCGUAACGUUUCAAGGUGUUUCUGUGGCUAACCUUGUUAUGCUCGACGGUGAUUGGUUUGCAACAGCGUCAAAAGCAGCAGCAACCAAAUGCGGUCCGUUACAACAUUUUGGCGUUUUUGCCAACCGAAGUCAAGAGUCACUUUAUGGGCUUUAAACCUCUAUUAAGGGCACUGGUGGCCAAAGGACACAACUUGACGCUGGUAUCGCCGUACUCGAUAGGUGAAACGGAGUUGCCGCAUAAUUUCAUCAAGGUGGAACCUAGACCGCCGUUCGGUGAGUAUAUUGUAUUGUACAUACUUGAGCUUAUUCAGAGGAUUGUCGUUCUGAGAGAGGUGGUUAUGGGAGUGGAGGGAUAAAACAUUUGACCGAAAUGUUUGAGUAAAUUUUUUUUGUGUAUCGAGGAAGACACCGAAAACUUCGAUGCUGUUGAGAUGCCUUUUUUUCUCGAUACAUUUGUCUGUUGGUUGUUGUUUUUCAAACUUUUUGUUUCGUUUUCGUCCGUAGACUUCAACAUGCUAGACGUAGCCAAGUCUCGAGUUCCCGAUUUCCUGGGCGUGUGGGGAUUCGGGUUGUUCAACACGGACUCGACCCUGGAUAAGCCGGCCGUCCAGAAUUUCCUGCGUAACGACCGGAGCACAUUCGACGUGGUGCUGUUCGAAAACUUCGUGCACGAGUGUUUCGUGGCGCUGGGUCACAAAUACGGUGCUCCCGUCGUGCAAAUCCUACCGUCGUUCACCAGCGUCCGGGUGUCUCAGUGGCACGGACAACCGUACGAUCCGUCGUACGUGCCCGAGUUUACGAUGGGCUUCACGGACCGCAUGACGUUCGUGCAGCGAGUCAGGAACACGGUCAGCGCCCUGUGCAACACCUGGCUGGCUCGUGCGUUCUACUUGCCCCGACAACAGGCACUGGCCGACAAACAUUUCGUGUACCCAGGCUACGAAGAUCGGCCACCGCUGACCGACAUGCUUCAAAACGUGUCCCUGACGCUGGUCAACAGCCACCCAGCCGCCGUCGGCUAUCCUGCGCCCUCGGUCCCCGGAUUCGUCAACGUGGCCGGCAUGCAUUGCGUACCAUCCGGACAGCUACCCGAGGUGAUCGGUUACGCCAGUAUUGUCAAUUAGAAAACGAGUAAAUUUCCGUUCACACAUAAUAAUACAAUUGUCUUCACAUACCCUUUGUAGGACUUAAAGGUUGUCAUGGAAACGGCUCCACACGGCGUGGUGUACUUCAGUCUGGGCUCCAACGUGAAAUCCUCUCAAAUGCCCAAGGAAACGGUGUCGAUGCUAUUGGCCGCGUUCACUACCAUAAAGGAGACCGUUCUGUGGAAAUGGGAAAGCGAUCAGCUGCCUGACCUGCCGAAAAACGUAAUCGUUAGGAAAUGGUUUCCGCAAAACGACAUAUUGGGUAAGGUUCCUAAUCGAUUCGGAGUUUCCGGUAUCACAAGAGACAUUAAUUUAGAACCCGAAUUUAAAUUUACUAAAAACGUUAUCUAAAACUUUCCAUACAAAAAAAGAAAAACAGUUUCAAAAUAAGAACUUUCGCUUUUGAAGUAAGUAUCUGUUCUGAUAUGGUUAUUCGUAUCAUGUACUUGUCCGAUGCAUUUUUUUUUAUAACGUUCUUUAACAAAAAAACAAAUCAUAAAUAAAACGAUCGACAAUAUUAUUGAAACCUAUUGAGGUGAAUAUUAGAAAACACAGGUUUUUUGAGAUACCUACAGUAUCGCCGAGCUUGAUACUGAAAAUUUCGCCAACGUAAAAAUGUUUGGCUUGAAAAUAUAAAACGAGCUUAAACAUUGUACGUAUUUGACCAGGUCAUCCCAAAUGCAAAUUGUUCAUCACGCAUGGCGGUAUACACAGCAUGAUCGAGACCACUUAUCACGGAUUGCCCAUGUUGGGCAUCUCGGUGUUCGGCGAUCAGAUGAUGAGCGUCCUGUUGGCCGAACAGAGAGGAUACGCUAUACACGUACCGUAUUUCGAGAUGACCCGGGAAAAGUUUCACAGCGCGCUGCAUCGUCUCAUCGACGACCCGUCGUGAGUAUACCUGUACACACACGCAAUAUAACCCGUACAAUAUUCUGUCCCGGCCGUAAAACCACGGAAUAUCGCGUUUCAAACGGGGAUAGGGGAAGGUGUGAGGCGAGUGAUGGCGAGUGGCGGUGUGGAGGGGGGAUACUGGAAUUUUGAAAUUGAAUACGUCUAGAAUCCAAUAAAUACCGGAUCGAAAUUUCAUAUAAUAUACUAUCUCGUACCCAUGUGGGAAAAGGCAAACGCAAAAAUGCAGUUACACCAUUCAAUAAUAUAUUAUUGAAUAUAUAUAUAUUAUCAUUAACGGCGUAGGGACGAAUUUAUUAUAUAUAAAUAUAAUUACAAGUUCGAUAGUCGCAUAGUUGUUUGAUUUUUUGUUUUUUUCGGCUACAAAAAUUGCAUAGGUAGGUACACGAAUCGUGUAGGAUCAAUGCGCACAGCAUUUGCACACUCGGCUAAUAAUAGUGUUCCGAGGUUAUCGCGCUGUAUCCGAAAUGACGAGGAUUUAUCGCCCGGCGGUACCUACUUUAUUUGAGACACUUGUACAGAUUCCCAACUGAUUUUCUGUAAAACAAAUUCGAUUUUACGAUUGUCGAUUUCUGGGUUACCUUGGCUACAAAGGGAGAACAACAUAACCGAUACUAUAUACCUUACCGGUUUACCGGUUCACCGUUCAGAAUCGUCUUUUGAUCACUAUGAUUUAUCGACAUUUUCAAUAAAUACCUCUGUGGCACGUUAUUGUAUGUCUGGUUUUAUUUUAUUUCAAAUCGUUUUUUCUCAUUUUUUUUUUUUUCACUUGUAUCUUGUUAUGUUUUUAAAAUAUGUGUCGAUAUUAUCCGGAUAAAAAAAAUUCCUUGUUUACUCCCCCUCCCCCCGGCGAACCCGUGAACACGCCACUGUCAUGUUAUCAUAUUUCCGGUAAAUUUAUGCUUAAAUGUUUUAUUUCAUAGCAGCCAUGAGCCAAAUAAUUUUAUACGAAAAUCAAUGCACGUGUGCAAUAUCCCGUAACUAUAAUAUAGUACGCCGAAAAAAACAGCAAAGUUGUUAAUAAUAUUAAUUUGGUUGUCACGGGCGAUCUACAGAAAUUUCGUAUAUACCAAUUUGUUUGUGACGAUUUGAAUCAUAAUUUUGCUAGUCCACUUUUUGAUCACACAUUCCGCAGAGUUAACUGAAUAUUAUUUAUUAGCAUUUCAUUUAGUGAACUAUUCGAGUAGUUUUUGACUUAUUAUUAUAAUUGCUGUUGAGAGAUGAAUUCUGCAGUACAACUUGAAUCGAACAGCGGCCGUUUUGCCGUAGGAGAUGUCAAUCUUUCUAUUCAGAGUCCGGAUUUAAAUGAUGGACAUGGACGCCCACGCCGUUUGGGAAACUCUGUACCAGAAGUAUUAACAAAUGAAAAACCCGAUAAAAAAGCGAAAUCGCUUUUUGCAUCAAAUGAACUCAUUAUUAAGACGUCGCAUCAUAUUCGUACAAUUAUUGAAACCGAUGAUAUAAGUUAUGAUGAACAACCCAUAAAUGAAUUGGCCUCACUUUUUUCAAAAAAAGAUUUUCAGUCUUAUUCAGAACUUACGUUGAAAACUGCUCUGUGGCGGCAGAUUAGUCAUCGAAUUAAGACGUUUGUUAUGGUGUUCGAUAACACUAAAUGUAAUAUGGUACAUUUGUCUGCUGGAUUUAUUUUGGUAUUCCACAAGAUGAAAAAACUUUGUUGCAUCUCGCAUAAUGAACUCAAGAUCGAACUAAACAUAUUCAUCGACGCUAUUCAAGAACACGUAAAAUAUUUUGAUUACGUAUUGUGGACAAAAUGGUUUUCAAACGAUACUGAGUUUAAAGAUUGGAUGUUUUUCAUAGCUAGUAUUUUAAUGCCAAACGAACAUUUUGUAAGCGAGGACGAAGAAAGUCGUAUUGAAAAUACAGUAAACUAUUUCAGCAAGGUAAGGUCUAGUCGGUACAUUUUGUUCAGCGACAUACCUACAAAAACUCCCGUACCAGAGACAAAUUACAACGACGACGUAUUUAGUUGUGAUGCUAAAACAAACAAACGAAAAUAUGAGGACAAUUAUCGUGUUAACGUUGACAAUAUUACACGUGCCAGAUUACUGACAGGAAGAAAAUCAGGUGUUUUUAUUAAACAGUCACGAAAAAGAUUAAAAAGACUGUUUAAAUAAAAAUUAAUCAAAAAUCCAAUCAAAGUAUUUUAGAAAUGUAAGAGACAUAGUCGGUAUAUUUUAUUACCAGAAACAAACGAUGACGACCACGCGCGACGUAUUAACUAGUAAAACAUACAAACGCAUUGACCAUGAAAAUAUUAAACUAAUCCAAGUGACGGGAAGUAAACCAAGUGUUUUUAUUAAACAAUCACGAAAAAUAUGAAGAAGAAGACUGAUGAUGAUGAUGAUGAAGGUGAAGACUGCUAAAGUAAAAAUUCAAGCAUUAAGUUAAAAUGAGCCAGUUGUGCCGUGUGCCAUUCUCCGCAAUAUCGAAUGAUAAAUAUCACUGCCUUGUACAAAUAAUCGUAUAUUCACACCCAAAACCGAUCCGUUGAUUUGGUCAGCAGUUAUGUUAUUUUAGAUAAAUUGAAAACCACAGAAAAUGAUUUACGUAAACAUUAAUACAUUGUCCAUAAUAGUUGUUGCCAUGUUUGUAUUAAUACUAAAAAUGCAAGACAACGCAGCAAUACUUCACGUACAUACCGAUUUUUUUUUCUUGAUGCCAAUAACUAUUAUUUCUAUAGGCAUUUUUUCCGAAGUAUAAAUUUAUAAUUUUUGUUACUGUUUUUGUUGUUAAGUAUUUGUGCCUAUUAUGUUUGUUACCAAUUACCAAAUAAUCUAUUACUAUUACUUAUUAUUUGAACAAUAAUUUCACUGUACAUAUUUUUUUUGUUUUUUUAAGAAUAAUAAAUAAUCACUAUUACAAUAAUUUGGGUUUUAAAAAUGAACCGACAAUAACACAUUGUUGUAAGUGAAAGUAUGAAAAGAUAGACAGACAAAAUACUAUCUAGUGUUUUUUAGGUUCCGAAUAAAAGGGUUUAAGGAUUCGUCAACCAAAUACGAUCCGAGUGGAGCUCAAUUGGAUAUUUUUUGAUUAAUUAAUGUUACCAAAGGGUCGAAUUAAUAUAAUAAUAUGGUUUUUUUUUAAUUUGUACUAUUUUCAUUGUGAUUUUUUUUUUAGUUUUCAACGGUCUUUGGUUACAUCGUCAUCGGUCUUAAAUUGCGGGAGUUUAUAUUUUACUAACUCAAUUUAUUACCUUUUUGAUAGGGAUAUCAACAUGAAUUUCUAUAUUUUUGUAAAACAACUGAUUUAAGUAAUAUUUUUUAUUGGUAAAUUAUUAAUCAAUAUCUAUUUCCUAAUCCCUAAAUUCAAAUAGUUAGUGAUCCGUAUGUAAUAAAUUUAAAAAGUCGAAUAAACUUUCAAACAUUUCAUUCUAAAUGAAAAAUCAUCAUUCAAUUAUUACGGUUAACAUUUAAUAUUCACUUUUUGUAUUUUGUUUAUCGCGUACAGAAAAAAAAAAAAAACACGCAUACGCUUGUAAAACUUAUAGUCGCAAAUAGUGUUUCAAAUUUUGGAUGGUGGAACCUCGAAAAUAUCUAAUGAUUAAAAAAAAAAAAAAACGACUCAAUAUUUUAUACCUGUGUCCGCCAUGAAACAAUGGUACUAAUAAUUGAUAUUAACAUACAUGAAUAUUAUGCGAAACAUUUUUUGAUAGUACGACCGAUCAGAAAAAAUAUCAAUUUAUACAAUGAAUUUUUACCUAUUUCAAACUAUAAUAUACCUAUUAAAAAAAUAAAAACGCAAUACAUGUAUAUGCUUAAUAAGUUAUCAUACUCAUAUGGUUCAAUACGUUUUUAUUUUUUUUUUUUUCGAAUUGGGGAGGGCUUAGCUAUUUGCGCCUAUGGUAAGACUGUUUACGAGAUACAUUUUUAAAUGUAAUAAUCAAUCGUUAAGAAGAUGUUGAAAGUCUAAUAUUAAAGGCGUUGUGUAUAGGCAAUUUCAACAAAUUUCUUGAAAAAAAUGAUUUACCAAUUCAAAAAUAUUGAAAUUGAUUUUAAUUUUAAAAGUGGUUUCAUGCCACGACACCGAGUAUUAAGUACCCGUCAAAAUGACAUAAAACUUAUUUGUAAAUGAUACACGUUAACUAAAAAAUUUCCUUUUUUUUUUCUCUACGUAGGCGUAUAAAAUAGCAACCAACUGCACUGCGCUUUAAAUACAAUUUAGAGUUAUAGAAAUCUUCAAACAAUUUUUCUACGCGAACACUGAACACGCCAUGUAUAGCAGUUGAUAUUGUUUUAUUUUAAAAACCUACGCACACAGGGUGAUCAAUCUUUAAUGUAGUGUACAUUAAAUCGAAACGUUUUUUUUCUCAACAAUUUAGGAAAACGAGCAAUUCUAAAAAUGUUAUAUUACCGAUAUUUUUCGUGAACGUUUAAUUUUCGGAAACCAAACCAUUAUAGACACCCGCUCUCGGUUUUCAUAUAGAUACCUAUAUUUUAAUAAGAACAUAAAUAAAUAUAAUACAUUAUAUAUUUCUACGAACAGUUUAAGUAUUUGAUUUCUGUCGACUCGUUAACGAGACAUUCCACAGUUAUUCCAAGUGUUUUGUUUUGUCGAUAGAGUAGUGGACCACUAUUCAAUGUUCGCAUGAUCUGUUCCACGUUCCUACAAAAAUGAUAGUAAACGGAUUUUGCUGUGAAUACAUAUUUUUAUCCGGAUUCAGAUACUUUUAAUUUAAUAAAAAAAAUCCGUAUAAUCUGUAUAAUUAUAAUUGAAAUAAAACCAAAUUUACUUUGCAAUUAUGUUUCACAUAUUUUUACACAUUCGGCAAUGACUGAGUGUCGUGACGAACGCUCUGGUAUAGUCACGGGUACCAAAAUCAUUUGUUUCACGUCCGUUUAUAACGAUUUUUUUCCAAGUUGUUUUCUGUUUUUUUUUUCUCUCUAGGACUUUUAUAAUUGGGUUCGUUUUAGGAUUUUUAGUGCCACGACAUGAUUUCUAACAUACUGACGUAUCGUUAUUUUUACCGUACGCAGGUACGCGGCCAACGCCAAGAGAGUGUCGAAAAUUUUCAACGACAAUCCUCAGCGGCCGUUGGACAAAGCCGUCUACUGGAUCGAGUACGUGACCCGACACGGGGGAGCGCCGCACCUGAGGACGGCGGCCAUGGAUCUGUACUGGUUCCAGUAUUACCUAUUGGACGUCGGCGCCGUCCUGUCGGCCGUCCUGUUCGCCGUAUCCUACGUGGUUUUCAAGCUGUUCGCGUGUUGCUUGUGCCGCGGCAAAUCAAAGAAGCCCAAAGUCAAAAAGAAUUGA